AUGGAUCUCGCUUCCGCCGCAGGCGACCAUCCGAAUAACCUCAUUCCCAGCCUCGACUCUCCUCUUCCCGUCUCAGCCACAACCUCCUCUACUCCGGUAGUGUCUCAGCAACCAGCCAACCCUUCGCAACCCGCCUCUCAUGCCAACUCUCCCGAUCGCAAACCAAAGAAGUCGUCUUUGACCUGUACAACCUGUCGCGCUCGCAAAGAUUUCCUUGUUCCUACGAUGAUGGCGACACUGGUGCUCUAUCUGGUGCCCUUCCUCGCCGCCGAGUCCGACAAGCUUGUAUUAGCUGCCACAGUCGAAAAGCCCGAUGUUCCGGCCACAUGCCGUCAUGCGAUCGCUGCCGUUCCCAAGGCAUUGAGACCAAGUCCGCAAAGCCAUGAGUGUGACCGAGAUGACGGCCACAACGAUAGUGACCCUGGAUUGACCGACCCAGCCAGCACUGCAACACCCCAAGGCUUUGCACCAGAAAUUCCCUUUCCAGAUGAGUCUUUCGAUGCUUUAAUAGGUCGAACUUUUAUCAAGUUCUUCAAUCAUGUCCAUCAUAUUCCCAUGUUCUCGUUUCUACAUCGAGCCUCCCUUGAAGGACGAUACAACUCGGGCAAGGUGGAGAAGGCUCUUCUGCUGGCCCUGAUUGGCAUAACAUCGUACCUUACAGAUAUGGGACCGGGGAUGAAGGAUUAUGGUGAAAGAUGUAUCGACGAUGCUGAGGGUCUCAUUUUUGCCGAUUACACUCGGCCUUCAACCAUCAAAGUGCAGGCGCUUGUCCUGAUUAUCAAGCACCGUAUCCUAUCAAAGAAAUCUCCAAGCGCUUUUAUGCUGUUGAGUAUAGCAUCUCGAUAUGCUGCAGCUCUACGUUUGAAUCACGAAGCUCCAAAUCUUUGUUUCCUUGCUCAAGAGUCUCGCCGUCGACUCAUGUGGGCCCUCUACUGUAUCGAUUCGGGUGUCUCUGGUGGAUAUCGUGACUACUCGCUUUGGAGUGCUGAUAAAAUCCAUGUAGGAUUACCAUGCAACGAGCGCAACUUUGAAUUUGACCUGCCACAACCGACCGAAAGACUUAUUCACGAACCCGAUAAGCCUCGCAACCCACAAGCUGAAGACAUUGGAAGUCUCGCUCUCCAUGUCCGAAUACAGCACAUGCGACGUCGAAUUAUGGAAUUUUCGAGACGAGUUAUGCUCACUCGCAACACCAAGCCCGAUGAACUUCAAUCUGGUAUUUGGGGGCUACAGAAAGAUCUCAGCGAUUUUGCGACACACCUACCUGCUUCUUUCCAAUUCUCAGAAAGCUCGUUGAGACUUCGGGCUUAUUCUCCACGAAUCUGCAUAUUCAUCAUGAUACAUGUUUGGUGGCAUCAAUGUCAGAUCGAUCUGUACCGUCUUGCUCUAGGAGGACUUCGCGAAGCUCUUCCUCGUGUCAUUCUGGCAUCUCUUGAUGAUGCUUUUGUGGAUCACUGCCAACGACAAUGCGUGGAACACGCCAUGUCAAUGGCCAACAUCUUCUCUUCCAUGCACAAACUCAACGCAAAGCCAGUGACUGACUUGGACAUGGCUAUUUGCGCCUAUCAAUGCGCUCGCGUGUUGACUUACGCAUAUCAUACCAAUGCCCUUAAAUACGACCUUACCUUGGAUGCCGUCAUGGAAAGGGCCAAGAUCUGCUUGCUCACUAUCAAGUCUUGUUGUGCGGGAAAGACAGCAGAAGGCAUUCAGGCGGAUUUGGAAAAGCUGAUUUCUCAUGGUAUUGCCAUUCGCGUGCCAUCAGCCACGCCAGAUCCGCAUGGGCAGCUUCCCCUCAACAAUGGAUAUUCUCAACCAAUACGCCAGGCUGGUCUUGCGGAUGAUUCAAGCAUCAACGAUCCUGGUCAAUUCGUCUCCAUGGCUCCCGUUUCGAUGUCCGCCAUGACUGAUUCAACAUUCCCACCCUCACUCGUUGCCGAUCCUUGGGUUCCUGAAAGUCAAGUGUCUCCAGACUUGCCUCAUCCGACUACCGAAGUUCAAGCUCCAGUGAAGCCUGCCGUGAGCGUCCCAGAGAUAGUCCCACGUCACGACUUUGGUAUUUCGGAAAUCAAUAAUGCCUAUGACGGGGGUACAGAUGGGCUGGGUACCGAUACUGGAUUAGAGUAUGGAAUGGGACUUGAUCAGAACUUGUGGAUGCCCAACAAUGAUUGGCUAAGCAUUGAUGCUCUUCAUGGAGGCGUUGGGGCAUGA